CCUAAGUCAGUGUAAUAUCUCUGGGGAGUUUUACAGAAGACAGAAGAAAAGAUAUAACUGCACUACUUUUUCACUUAUAAAGGGUGCCCUUUUUCAAAUUUAAGUAACGUAAAAGAUUGCAAUGAUUUUGAAUGGCUGAAAUAAUUAAGAAUUUUCCAGACAGAAGAUGUUGAUGAUGAAAUGGUUAAGGGGAUAUUGUUUGGUAGAGUAAAAGGGAGAGAAACUGAAUUUUGGAUCAUAAAGCUGAGUGAGGACUAUAACUUUUUGUAGUUAUCAUAUUCUGUGACAAUUAUUCACCAGGAUGUAGGAGCAUUGACUGUUGAAGUUACUAAUUUAGUGUAAAAAACCUUACACCAAUUUAAAUACUACUGAAUGACAUUUGAGAUCUUACCACUUUUCUUUUUUAAACACUAGUUAUAAACCCCUGCUGGUGGUAAUUCUCCAGAAUGUGGGUGUCACUGAAGGUUUCCCCAUGCACUUCCAUUUGCUUUGUCUUUAUGCGGAAUCUUGAUCACUUUUCAGCUUGUCUCGGGCAUUAGAAAACAGUAUUGGGGCCAGGAGACUUCUUCAGUGCAAGCAAUAUCUUUUUGAUGGGGAACAAAUGUAAAAGUGUUCCUUUGUUUUGGUGACAAACCUGGGAUGAAGUCUUUGAAGCCAUGUGGAACUAGAUGAGGGCCUCCGAAGAUGCUCUGGCAAGAUGAAGAAAGUAGUAUUCUCUGAAAGCCCAGUUGUGUAUCUCUUUUGUUGGGACAACAUAUUUUGAGAGUUUUGGGCAUCAACAGAGUUACUUAAUCACAGUGGCUCCACAGAUGGGGGAGUAUGUGUUUGAGUAUAUAUCAUCACACCACUGUCCAGGCAUCAAAGGAGGACGCCUCCUUGAAGAAGCAUGGCACAAAACCUGGUUAGCACCCGAGGAGGACACAUGCUGGGCAGGUGUCUUAGCUGGGAAACAGCAUCGUUUGACUUCUUGUCAUCUUUGCUUAUGAGCGAGAUUCCUAGUUUCACCAUGUCCUCCGUAGAGACCAAAGAAGCAGGAGGAGACAUCACAGCUUUCCCAGAUUGGGAGUUAAAAUAUGGAAUGUGUUUUACUGCUGACUGAACACAACCGAAUGAACUGUACUGACAGUAGUUUGAAAACCAGCAGUUAGCAGUUUGUUCAGGCUCUAACAUUAUCCAGCACUUUCCAGAACAAACUCACUGUUUACAAGAACUCUCGGCCUUACGACGUUUAUAACCUCAAGCUUUGUUUAUUUAAAAUAUUUCUGCGAAAGAAAAGUACCCGGAGCCCCCUUUCCAAAAUGGCCAUGGAUGAGUAUUUGUGGAUGGUCAUUUUGGGUUUUAUCAUAGCUUUUAUCUUGGCAUUUUCUGUUGGUGCAAAUGAUGUUGCCAAUUCAUUCGGUACUGCCGUGGGCUCUGGUGUGGUGACCUUGAGACAGGCGUGCAUUUUGGCUUCAAUAUUUGAAACCACUGGCUCAGUGUUGCUUGGAGCCAAAGUAGGAGAGACAAUUCGAAAAGGUAUCAUUGAUGUGAACCUAUACAACGACACGGUAGAAACACUAAUGGCUGGGGAAGUUAGUGCAAUGGUUGGCUCAGCUGUCUGGCAGCUGAUCGCGUCCUUCCUGCGGCUUCCGAUCUCAGGCACUCACUGCAUUGUUGGCUCCACUAUAGGAUUCUCGCUCGUUGCGAUUGGUACCAAAGGUGUGCAGUGGAUGGAGCUUGUCAAAAUAGUUGCUUCGUGGUUUAUAUCUCCACUGUUGUCCGGUUUCAUGUCUGGUGUGCUUUUUGUACUGAUCAGAAUUUUCAUCUUAAAAAAGGAGGACCCUGUUCCCAAUGGUCUCCGGGCACUUCCAGUGUUCUAUGCUGCUACAAUAGCAAUAAAUGUAUUUUCCAUCAUGUACACAGGAGCACCAGUGCUCGGCCUGGUCCUCCCCGUGUGGGCCAUAGCGCUCAUCUCCUUUGGGGUAGCACUGCUUUUCGCCGUGUUUGUGUGGCUCUUUGUGUGUCCAUGGAUGCGGAGGAAAAUAACAGGCAAAUUGCAAAAAGAAGGUGCUUUAUCACGAGCCUCUGAUGAAAGCUUCAAUAAAGUUCAGGAAGUGGAGUCCCCAGUGUUCAAGGAGCUACCAGGUGCCGAGACGACUGACGACAGCAGGGUUCCUCUGACGGGGUCAGCUGGGGAGACACCUGGGACGUCAGAGGGCACAUCGAUGGUAACCCAUCCACGGGUCAACUACGGAAGGGCGUUGUCCAUGACCCACGGCUCUGUCAAGUCGCCCAUCUCCAACGGCACCUUCGGCUUCGACGGCCACACGAGGAGUGACGGGCACGUGUACCACACCGUGCACAAAGACUCCGGGCUCUACAAAGACUUGCUGCACAAAAUUCACACAGACAGGGGCCCCGAGGACAGGCCCACCCAGGAAAACAACUACCGGCUGCUGCGGCGGAACAACAGUUACACCUGCUACACGGCGGCCAUCUGCGGGCUGCCGGUGCACACGGCCUUCAAAGCUGCCGACUCGUCGUCGGCACCGGAGGACAGUGAAAAGCUGGUGGGCGACACUGUGUCCUAUUCCAAAAAGAGACUCCGCUAUGACAGCUACUCGAGCUACUGCAAUGCGGUAGCAGAGGCCGAGAUCGAGGCAGAAGAGGGAGGCGUGGAAAUGAAACUGGCCUCUGAGCUCACAGACCCGGACCAGCCUCGAGAGGACCCUGCAGAAGAGGAAAAGGAGGAGAAGGACACGGCCGAGGUCCACCUCCUGUUCCAUUUCCUGCAAGUCCUGACGGCCUGUUUUGGGUCCUUUGCUCACGGCGGCAAUGAUGUGAGUAAUGCCAUUGGUCCCCUGGUAGCUUUGUGGCUGAUUUAUGAACAAGGUGCAGUACUGCAAGAAGCAGUUACCCCUGUCUGGCUGCUGUUUUAUGGAGGAGUUGGAAUUUGUACAGGUCUCUGGGUUUGGGGACGAAGAGUGAUCCAGACCAUGGGCAAGGACCUCACUCCUAUCACACCAUCAAGCGGCUUCACCAUUGAACUUGCCUCAGCUUUCACGGUGGUGAUGGCCUCCAACAUCGGGCUUCCUGUCAGCACCACGCACUGCAAGGUGGGCUCUGUGGUGGCCGUGGGCUGGAUCCGCUCCCGGAAGGCUGUGGACUGGCGCCUCUUCCGCAACAUCUUUGUGGCCUGGUUUGUGACUGUCCCCGUGGCUGGGGUAUUCAGUGCUGCUAUCAUGGCUCUUCUCAUGUAUGGGAUCCUUCCCUUUGUGUGACCUUCCAGCCAGUAACUAAGGAAAGGGGUGGUCUGGUGUGGGGCUGUGUGGGAGGCCUGUCUUGCCCAUGUUCUUUCCACAUGAUCCCAUACCACACUGCCCACCUAGGCUGUGGGGUCAUCCUUCAGCGCUAAUUUAACUACUGUACAUAAUCAUGUGCAUUAAACUGGUAUCUUGGUGAUAUAACGUGGUGCAGUUACUUAUAUAUUAAAUAUAUAUUAUACACAUAGAAUAGGUAGCAUUAUUUCAUAUUCAGACUGGGAGUGGAGAUAUUUGCCUAGAGUACUCAACAAAUCUUUGUACAUAAUGAUUUUAGUGGCAAAUUUUAAGAACUUUUUAGAAGGAAAAUACACAUUGGUAUUUUUCCCAUUGAAUAUACUGUAAGAUAAGUGAGUUACAGAUGGAUGACGCAUUUGGGAAGGUGUACACACGCUACUGCUGAAUAAUACUGGAACAGGAGUUCACAAGUGCUUUCACUGAAGAAUCUGUUUAUAUACUGUGUAUUGAUUAUUAUGUAAUAUAUCAUAAUUGCUUCUGUAAAUACUUAAAACUGUAAUUUUUUAAUGGUGUGCUUCCCUUACCCUUUUUUGAUCAGAGAAUUUUGGAAAGUACCAAAGAAGCAGGGGAAUAGUUUGCCAGUAUUAUAUUUUCAUAUUGUGUGUUUCCCCUUCUCAUUAAUCCUACCAUUAACCUGGAGGUAGCUAGGCUACCAUGCCGUGGCUCACCAGAGCAGUAGAGUGUGGGGGGUGGCACAGCCCCCCAUGCUGUACAAGGCCCACUUUGAGUUCCCUACCCCACCCCACCCACCACCUCUGCCACUUGCCAGACAGUGGUCAGCCCUGCAGUGACCCUUCAUUGCUGUCAAGGGUAGAGAAUGUACAGCAUAAGGACACGUGGUCAAGCACUACAUACCAAGUCCAGUUGAAAUUUCCUCCUCUCUUCCUCCCCUGCAGCCUGAACAGCAGAAUUUGUCUCAAACAUUGAAGCAAGUGCUUUAAAAUUCCAGGUUAUCUGGGAGGGGGAAGAGUUGGGAUCUUAGGCGAUACACUGGAUUUGAGGAUUUUUGGAGGCCUUUACUAAGCUGACAGCUUGAUGCUCUACUGUAGUCCCACUGGAUUCUCUUCUUUGUUAAUAGCGGGAGGGAGGAAGUAUGACUAAUGUUAGAGCCUGAAACUAUGGAAAUGCUGCUAAAAUUUUUAUAUUGACAAACAUUUUCUCGGUACUUCAUUGUGAUUUUUCAUUAAUCAACCAUAUUAAAUUUAUAAUAAAAAAUGUCCCUCAAAAACGUUUGCCUCAGAAGUUUUUCCU